AUGGCAACCGGCCUAAACGCAGGAUGCUGUUCCAUCUCCCGUCCCCCAUUGGACUUCACUUAUAAGCCCGCCAACCAUCCUGAUUGGAGCGAUAAACCAGGUUUCUGGGAUCCGUAUGCUGUAAUUGAGAUCUGCUUACCCACCAUAACGCGAUCCGUCUACCCGGCGACAAGAACAAUGCAGUUGGAGAAGCCCACAUUUGAGCAUCCCUGCGGUCAGGAAAUAGUGGAUGGUGAAAUCUGUUGGGGGAUCCAAAUGUACACCGAGACAUGGAAAAUGGAGCUGGAAGAGUGUAUCAGCCUAAAGCCGGAGCGAGCAUUGGCAGUUCUCUUGACAUAUUUACGCCAACGUGGGCCCUUCCUUGUCUGGAUGUACCGAGGAAAAGAAACUGCACAUACCAUUGGCAGAUAUUUGGCAAGGACUGCUAUACAAAACAUUUCACAACUACCAGUGCUGGAAAGGAGCUCAGUUAUAGCCCUUGGGAGGCAUCUGAGUCACCUUCUUCGGAUCGCCUGCGGUCAUCGUCUAAUCAACAUGCCGAAAAUUGUUUCUAAGGUUUGGGGACCUAUCUUCAUCAAAGUGGAGAAUGAUAAAGACGCAUUUCCACAAGUUAAUUUGACGGAAGAGGAAAAAUUGGGAGUGGCUAUCGAGUUAUUUGGUGGCAAGGAUCUAAACCCUGGCGUAACUUCAGUCCAAAUCCCGCAAACAGCAUCGGGCCCCUACCAAUCCUAUGCACCGCCGAUUGGUGGAUAUCCACCUCAGGGCACUGUCGCACCUCCCCCUCUUCCUGUCGCCUUUGAUGCCUAUCCAGGAGCAGGGCAGCCCGUUGGCUACCCACCUCCAGUGCCACCACCGCCUAUGGCAAACUACGGUCCCUCAGCCGUCCCUAUUGGUGCUCCGAUGGGCGGAUCCCCAUACGGGCAGCCACCACCGCCGCCGCAGCCGAAUUACGCUGGCUACCAGCCCUCAGCACCCGGUGCGGUACCCCCGGGCCCCAGUUAUGGCUACGCCCAGCCCCAAGCCCCACAGCAGCCCUACAUGUUCGACAAAAAAGGCAAACCCUACACCAUUGUCUACAAAGACGGAAAACCGAAAAAAAGAAGUGGAAGAAGGCCGCUCUCGGUGAGUCCCGCAUUAGUUGCCUGUCUGGCGGCGGGAGCAGCCUCAGGCUACAUCGCGGGCAAGAUGUUCGGCGGUCUGGGGCGCACCCUCGGCUACGGUCUGGGUGGCUGGGGGGGUGGCUGGGGUCGUCCCUUCGGUCGGUGCGGCAGCUGGUCCUCCCUGAGCUCCUUCAGUUCUGGUUCCUGGUCGUCCUAA